AGAUGUUCCUCUUCAGGUGGGAAUGGAGAGCCGACAGCAUUUUUGCCUGCAGUCUCCCUCCAGCCUGGAGCGCACCCCGCUUCAGUACACUGUGUGCGUGGGCCACAACAUCAGGGCUGUACACCAGGAGGCGCUGCAGCAGCUCUCAUCGCCCAGCAGGGAGCUGCCCAACAUGGACGUCUUAUGGUUGCCUUUCUGGAAGCUUCUGGCCAGUGUGGACUCAGGGCCAAAGGUAGAGAGGGAGUUGAGGACCUUCUCCAACCGUCUGAGGAGACACCAGCUGGGAGAGGGGGCCAUCAGCCUCAACGAACAUUCCACCGCCCUCCUCGCAGACAUGGACCAAGACUACCUCGCCAGCAGGAAAAGGGGGACAUCCAAGAGACAGACCAGGGACUUCAGGGACCUCUCACUGAUCAAGCUUCUAAACAUUUCCAUCACCCUGUCCCCGUUCCUGAGCGUGGACACCACCCAGUUCCACAAGUCCCUGCUGGACGGCACUGAGGCCUAUUGGCUCAGCCUCCCCAUAGCCCCACAGGGGCGACUGGUGCCUGUGCUGACCCAGUGGCGAGGGCAGUUCUGCGUGAAACUGAACAUCAGCAACCCAGAGGCGGUCAGCUGGUUCCUGGACCGGGUGGGCUUGCUGCAGGCCCGUCUGGGCAUGGAGUCCAUCCAUCUGGAGGGGGCAGAGGGGAACCCGCUGGACCUAGGCGGGGGAGACCAGUAUAUUGGCCAACUGGCAGAUGUGGCAGCCAGGAUAGAAGAGUCGGCUAUCAUGAAUGCAGGGACAAGGUGAGGGCUGAGGGAGGGGACACACACACACACACUCACAAUACACUGACAAUAUGCAUAACUAUCAUCUAUCUCUCUUCCCCC